CCGCCGUCUUCUCAUCCCGCCAUUACUAGAAGGAUCUGAGCGCUGAGAGGAGCUGAGGCUGGAAAAUCGGAGAGAGAUUCAACCAGACGGACAACUCAGAGAUCGGAGGCUAUUCAGAGAGAUGGAGCUGAGUGUGGUGGCGUUGUUGAUGGUGGUGGUCUCUAUGUCUCUUGCACAGGAAGACUUGGAGGGUAAAGUCUUCGUCUUCCCCAAAGAAACCGACACGGAUCAUGUCAUUCUAAGACCUACAAUUACAGAGCCAUUGCAGAAAGCCACCGUCUGUCUACGUCCCUACAGUGAGCUUCCCCGUCCCUAUACUUUGUUCUCUAUUGCUACUCCAAGAUACGCCAAUGCCUUUCACAUCUCCUUACAGCCUCCAUACACCUAUAGUGUAUUCAUUAAUAAUGCAGUGUCUGCUUUUGCACCAAACUGGAAGCCUUUUUAUGGGAGGCACGUCUGUGUGACCUGGGACUCCACCAAUGCCUAUCUUUGGCUCAAUGGAAAGCUCUCCCCCGAAAAGAGGCAAUAUUAUUAUCUCAACUAUAUUGAUGCUGAAAGCAGGAUUGUUCUGGGACAGCGCCAACACUCAUUUGGUGGAGGGUUUGAUGCUUCUGAGUCAUUGGUUGGUGAAAUAGGUGACGUCCACAUGUGGGAUUAUGCCCUGACUCAGGAAGACAUCCAGAAGGUCCUCUCUGGUGAUCUCCAUGGAAACGUCAUUAAUUGGAACUCCUUACGUUAUGAAAUGAAAGGGGAAGUUCUUGUCAAGCCCGAACCUCAACACUUGCAGAGUAAAGUCUUCGUCUUCCCCAAAGAAACCGACACAGAUCAUGUCAUUCUAAGAUCUACAAUCACAAGGCCAUUGCAGGAAAUCACCGUCUGUCUACAUUCUUAUACCGACCUUUCCCGCCCCUAUACUCUCUUCUCUCUCGCUACUCCCGGGAAGGACAACGCCUUUGUGAUCGACUUCCAGCCACCAAACAUUUGUUCCGUAUCUAUCAACCAGGAACUCACUAGUUUUAGGACAGAUUCUGAGUCUUUGGCCUGGAGGCACAUCUGUGUGACCUGGGACUCCAACACUGGAGUGGUCCAACUUUGGGUCAACGGGAAACUCUACCCCAGAAGAGGCUCCAUGAAAGGGUCUUCUAUCGCAGCUGAGACCAGCAUUGUUCUGGGACAGGAACAAGACUCUUUUGGUGGAAAGUUUGAUGAGAAGCAGUCAUUGGUCGGUGAAAUAAGUGACGUCCACAUGUGGGAUUAUGUCCUGACUCCGGAAGACAUCUCUGGCAGACACAAAGGGAAUGUUAUUAAUUGGUUAUCUCUAUACUGUGAGAUCAAAGGGGAAGUUCAUAUCCAGCCCAAAUUCUACUGAAAGCCAAUGAGCUCAUCAUAUACACUUUGGGCCAGAUUCAUAUAGUUGCGCGGCGGCGUAACGUAUCUCAUUUACGUUACACCGCCGCAAGUUUUA